AUUAGCUGCCACCAUCAAAAUGGUUCUUUCCCUUGAAAGAUGGGAGGGCAAAGUGGCCGUGGUCACAGGUGCCAGUUCUGGAAUUGGGGCUGCAGUCUCACAACUUCUCGUCGAAAACGGAAUUAUUGUCGUUGGUUUGGCUCGUCGCGUCGACGUGAUCGAGGCAAAAGCCGAGCAACUCCAAGACAAAAAGGGCCAACUCUACGCCCUUAAAACCGACAUGAGGAGUGAAACCGAUAUCGUAAAUGCGUUUCAAUGGAUUCGGGAAAAUYUAGGCCCGGUCCACAUUUUGGUCAAUAAUGCUGGUGUCACUCUUGAAAAUAAUUUACAUGAUGGUGAUAGUGAGGCAUGGCGAAUGAUUUUUGAUGUUAAUGUGAUCGGAUUGUGUGUUGCGACAAGAGAAGCGAUGAAAAUGAUGCUUGAUUAUAACAUAAACGGGCAUAUUAUUCAUCUAAAUAGCGUCUCAGGGCAUAAGAUUGUUAAUAUGCCUGGAAUUAAUGUUUACGGUGCUAGUAAACAUGCAGUUACUGCGUUGGCAGGCACGCUGAAAAAUGAAAUUAAUGCACUUGGGGCGAAAAUUAAAGUGACGAGUAUUAGUCCAGGAUUGGUGGCUACUGAAAUGACAACAAUGAACCCAAAUUCAGGACCGGAUCGGUUGGAAAUGAUGAAAAGUUUGCCAGUUUUAAAAGCCGAAGAUAUUGCUGAAGCGAUUGGCUAUUGUUUGUCAACACCUGAAAAUGUUCAAAUAAAUGAAUUGACCAUUACUCCAGUGGGAGAACAAAUUUAAAAUAAAAAACUUGAGUUUUAUCUAGAUAAAUGGAUGUAGUCUAAUAAACAGUCUUAACUGCUUAAA